GAAAAUUUGUACUAAUAUUUGUUUUGAUAUAUAAAACGCUAAAUAAUAAUAGAAACAGCAAUUAGAAAAGGCAAUUCUGAUACAGCAUUUGCCAUUUUGGGAAAACAACUCGUCAAACUCUUUGCUCCUACAAAUAACGGGAGCAGUAUUUUAGCGCAACCAAAAUAUCAGAUCAUCAAGAUUAAGAAAGUUAACAAACGAGAGACGGAUCACAUUCCCAUGACUGGCACUCUCAGCAAAUGUAUGCAACAGUACGUUACCAAUCCUAAUUAUUACGCCAGUUCUCCAGACGGACCGAUGUUUAAAUUGAUUCAAGACAUCGAACUCUUUGAAGAAGACAUUACUUUUGGUGAAGAGAUUGGUGAGGGAUGUUUUGGCACUGUAUUCAAAGGCACGUACAAGCAAUCGGACGCAACUAUAAUUCAAGUGGCGAUUAAAGUAUUGAAAGAUAAAAAUGAAUCGAAAGAAGACUUUGAGAGAGAAAUAGAAAUCAUUUCGACAUUCAAUCACAAAAAUCUUAUUAAAUUGAUUGGUGUUGUGGUCAGGGAUUCACACACAAUGCCAUAUAUGGUGUUUGAGUACAUGAUGUUUGGAGAUUUGGCUGAAUUGUUGAGGACUAAGAAAUUGAGUCAUUCAUCACAAACCCAUACAAAUGAAGAACUCGGCGAUGAAUCCGCUCUAAUAUCUCAUGAGCAAUUGAUUUGGAUUUCCACGCAAAUAUCAAGUGGUUGUAAGUAUUUAUCUGAUAACCACUUCGUUCACCGAGAUUUGGCCACAAGAAACUGUUUGGUCGGACACAACCUAACGGUUAAGAUAUCUGACUUUGGGAUGUCUCGCGAUAUUUAUACCUGUGAUUACUAUAAGGUGGGCGGCUCUAAGCUUCUACCGGUGCGAUGGAUGAGUCCGAUAAUUAAGAAUAUUCUCUUUGUA